GCCUCCCACGUAACUGGGGGCGCGGCCGGGAGGGAGGCUUAACCGGCGGGGCCAAGGCAGACACAGCAGUCUGCGGCCGGACACAGCAGCCCUGCCCACGGGAUGGCGCGAGCGAGCUCUGGAGUUUUACUUCUGUUUCUCUAUGUUCUGAGAACUGUUAUUGCAGUGGAAGAGAACGAAGUCACCAGUAUUGUUGGAAAUGCAGCUGAAUUGCGUUGCAUCUAUUCAAAGGAAAAUAUAGACUUAAGUCAGCUACGAAUUUAUUGGCAAAUAGCUGAUGAUCUGAAAACAUGUCCAGUAGUACAUGCAUUAAUUCUUGGUGAAGACAAUCAAAGUGACCAGUGCAACAAUUUUAAAGACAGGACUCGGUUACUGAAGGAUAAACUUGAAGAUGGCGAUUUUUCCCUGCUACUGUUAAAUAUCACCCCAAGAGAUGAACACACAUACAGAUGCAUAGUGCAGAAGAAGAUGGACAAAGUUUUCAAGGUCGACUAUGAUACGGCUGUGGUUCUCAGGGUAGCAGCAAAUUACAGCCAACCAGUGCUACAUGGACCAACAGAAAGCAGACCAAACAUUGAGGAAGAGAUUACAUUUACUUGCAAGUCUAGCGGAGGCUAUCCAGAACCAAAAGUUUAUUGGACAAAUGAAGACAACAUCUCCCUCCCUGAACCAAAUAUGACAGUCAUCCAGGACCCUGAUGGCACAUACAGCGUUUUCAGCACACUGAAGAUUAAAUCAACUUCUAAGAUGAAAAUAGGAUGUUCCAUAGAAAAUAGGGUACUACAGCAAAAUCUAACUACACCCAAUUUUGAGAAGAUAAACCAAAACCAAAUUGAAAUAAAUGAGCCUGACCCCAGUCCAAAUAAACCAGAUGCUAAAGUUAUAAGCAUUGUCAUUAUUGGCACGUUGAUAGCUGCGCUAGUUGGUUUAACUUGCUUGCUUUGGAAAAGGAAGUCCUGGCGACAGGCAUCGUAUACAGAUGUCCAACAAAAUGAAGAAGGAACACAGCGCGAUGCACCUGUGUAAGCAGAAAAGAUUGAAACAACUUGAGUGACCAGUGAUGUGUCAAGGAAAGCACCAUUACUACCUUGAAGCCAUGGAUGAUAGCAUCACCUGAAAUAUGAGUGUCACAUUGUUUCCUUAGUGUGGACUAGCAGUGAUGGCAAAAGACAUCUUCAGUGGAAAAGACAAUGAAAUCCACCUGCUUUUGUUCUGCCACUUUUAAUCAACUGUAGCAUGAAAACGUUAAUUAAUCAUUGCAAACAGUCCUUGGAGAUGACUAGAGUUUCAAGCACGUGUUGGUGAAAGGAACAGUGUUGACACACAGGAAUUGGUGCCAAAAUGGUGGGGAAAAAAAAUCAAUAACAACCGACCAUUUAUAUCAUCUGUCUCAGAGUUCCUUGUGAACAGAAGCAGCCAUGUUCAGCAAUGCUGAAGUUCUCCCUGUCCCUCAUAAACUUCUCAAAAUGACUACUGACCAGGAAGAGUGGCAGCUUGGAACAGUAAAAACUGUAAGACUUGUAUAAAAGCAAACUCUGUUGCCUCUUCUGUUUUCACCAUUUCUUUGGUGCCUCCUCUCCCAACUUCAUUGUUUGCAUGUGGUUCUGUACACAAAUAUGCAAAAAGCUUCCAGCUUCUGCAUGCAGGGACAGAGUCUGCUGUACCUUAGGAAGCCUUUUUUAAAUUAUAAGAAAUGUUUGCACUCUGUUUUAGAGAGAAUUCUGUCAAAAAGGGAGUUUUCCAGUUGACUGAGCACAGAUAUCUCAUCUGGUUCACAAGAGUUCAGACGAGCAGUGC